UCACUUCUCCCAAGUAUCUCUUCUUUCUCUCAAAAACCUUUCGGAGAAAGAGUUUCAAGGUUUCCUAUGGCUUCAAGAAUCGUUCUUCAACAGCAGAAUAGAGGUGAGGCAGUCCCUGGGGCAGUAAAGCAGAAAAAGAAUAUGGCACCAGAAGGGAGAAAUAGGAAAGCGCUUGGCGAUAUUGGGAAUGUGGCUACAGGUCGUGGGGUCGAAGGAAAAAAGCCACUUCCUCAGAAACCUGUGGCUGUUAAGGUGAAAGGAGCAAAUGUUGCUAAAGUACCUGCAGUAAGGAAACCAGCUCAGAAGAAAGCCACAGUUAAGCCAAACCCCGAGGAUAUUAUUGAAAUUAGUCCUGACACCCAAGAAAAACUGAAGGAGAAGAUGCAAAGGAAGAAGGCUGAUAAAGACUUAUUAAAACAGAAAGCAACUCUUACUUCAACUCUCACUGCUCGAAGCAAGGCUGCAUGUGGUCUGAGUAAAAAACCAAAGGAGCAGAUAGUGGACAUUGAUGCUGCAGAUGUAAACAAUGAGUUGGCAGGUGUGGAAUAUGUUGAAGACAUUUACAGCUUCUACAAACUUGCUGAGAAUGAGACAAGAGUUCAUGACUAUAUGGAUUCACAGCCUGAGAUAAAUGAUAGGAUGAGAGCAGUUCUGAUUGAUUGGUUGGUUGAAGUCCACCAAAAAUUUGAACUUAAUCCAGAGACUCUUUACCUCACAAUCAACAUUGUCGAUCGCUACCUUGCUGUGAAGAGUACAUCAAGAAGGGACUUGCAGCUAGUGGGCAUCAGUGCCAUGCUCAUAGCCUCCAAAUAUGAAGAAAUUUGGGCUCCUGAGGUCAACGACUUUGUGUGCAUCUCAGACAAAAGUUACACUCAUGAUCAGGUGUUAGCUAUGGAGAAAGAAAUUCUUGGGCAAUUGGAAUGGUACUUAACAGUCCCAACACCUUACGUAUUCCUUGCACGUUUCAUUAAAGCUUCUCUACCUGAUUCAGAAAUUGAGAACAUGGUAUAUUUUCUGGCUGAGCUGGGGUUGAUGAAUUAUGCAACCAUUAUCUACUGCCCCUCAAUGAUUGCUGCAUCAGCAGUCUAUGCUGCUCGACACACCAUCAAUAGGACACCAUUUUGGAAUGAGACACUUAAGCUGCACACUGGUUUCUCAGAAUCUCAGCUAAUCGAGUGUGCAAGGUUGUUAGUGAGCUAUCACUCUGCAGCUGCAACUCACAAGCUAAAGGUGAUAUACAAGAAGUACUCCAGUCCGGAGAGAGGUGUUGUUUCAUUACUAACUCCAGCCAAAUCCCUGUUGGCUGCUGCAUCAUCAUCAAGUGUGUCAUCGGGGCGACGCGAUUUAGGCAAGAGCACAGAAGCAGCAGCAACAUCAUCAUCCCCUAUGGUGGUGGUGGGUUGUCAAAGGUGCCACAUGUAUGUCAUGGUAACUGAAGCUGAUCCAAGAUGCCCCCAAUGCAAGAGCGCUACUACUAGGAAGAUGACUUAAGUUGGUUUCAUUAAUCAAGAAUCCAAAUUGCUUGCUAGGUUUCAUUUUGUUUCUACAAGUCGAGCACUACUUGAGCUCCAUAGUUGUGACUUAGAUUUUUGUUUCUUGAUUAAUAGGAGUAUUCUUUUUCCAAUGUUGUGAACAAAGGAAGGAGGGAGCGUACUUUUCAGCUUUAUCUCCUACCUCAAUUGGCCAAAUAGAUCUGUUGACAUGAUAUAUUUAGUUCUUGAAAA